AUUGUUUACUUUAUUUUGUAAUGUAAACUAAUUUAGCCGACACCGUAGGAUGAAGAAACACUUCGGCCGACACGCUGGACACGCGGUGGUCUGCAACCCUCCCGGACCCACCCGACCUGUGGUGAUGGUGGGGUCGGGUGGUCUUAGGGUGUUGGGUGGGUUGUGUAUACAUGCCGUACCCCGUCGUAGGCAGGCUUUUCUCGUUUUCACUCGGACGAAAGGGAAAUUCAUGUCGCCGAUAUUUGCCCGCGGUAGGAAAUGCCGUCCCGUGUUUGAUGUCGCUUGCACGCAAGUUGGUUUGAAUCCGUGCAAGGGCGCGCACGUGCGCUCGUGUGCAAGUUGCACCGUGCCGUUUUUGUUGCCGUGUUGCCAUGUCAACGGAAUAAUUUGGCGGGAAAUGCAUCGACACGUGUAGUCUGUUUUUUUCUCUUGACUAUUUAAAUAGAAGCAAUGAAAUGCGUCGACAUCAACCUAAUAGGAACACAAUCAUUUCACAAAGAAAAAAUGCUCUUCAAAACUGGGACAGACUGUAUGCUGGAAACAUGCAAAAAAGGUAGCAAUUAUGACUGAUUUUCAGACUGAAGGAGAAAAUGUGUGAACAAUGUCGGUUAGAUUCAUAAUCUGAUCUGAAAGCAUCGGGCAUGAUGUUCGUAUCCUGCAGUGCCAGAUGCUACCAGUCCUAGUGACAAAGCUCAUCUCUAUCCUCCUCUAUUCUGUCGACCUUUUUUCAACUAUUUCCUUUCCCCCUUGCUUCCAGGACGCAGGCCACAUUUUCACGGUACAUCAGAAGAAAGGAGAAAAAAAUACCAGCUGGAAUCAGGACUAUUAGAAAUGAGAGUGAGUGAGACGGAGUCGGCUCUCUCUUGGUGUUUGUGAGAUGGCAAGUAUGCGGUCAUUUUUCCUUCAUUAUUUAAUUGUUCGAGAUAAAUGAGGGAGAAUGGGAAAGGCAUUUCAACAAACAGGACAAACACCAAAAUAUUUACCACCAUUCACUUAUCUCACCAACAUUAAGCUCGAUUAUGUUUAUGAAACAAUGCACCUAUUCUAAUAAAUUUGUAACAUUUUCAAAUACUCAUGCCAAGCGAAAAAAAAAAUGAAUGAUUUAUCACUUCAACAUCAACUGCAGCGGUUUUGUAACAAAACGUUUGCCUCUUCCUUGUUUUCUUCCCGGAUUAACUUGCGCCGUAUGUAUUACAGCCUUUGUUUUGGUUUUGUCUUUCAUUCUACACAACAUUUGCACAACACGGCUCGGGCCGCACGAAGGAGAAAGCGAGACGGCUAGAGAGCGGAGAUGAAUGAAGCGAGCGCGCUCUCUCUCUCGCCGAACACGUUCAGAGCGCGAGAGUAAAUAAGCCGUGCUACCGGCGUUAUCCGUGAUGGAUGCAGCUCACACGGAGUGGGAACAGUUUUUUAAUUUUAUGCGAUUUAUGAUUUCAACUUCUCGUUCAUGAUUAUUCCUUCAAUUAGAGUUGUACAAAAAUUCACCUUUUUUUCGUAUAUCACUUCAUAAAGCCAUCGAAAUUGCCAAAAUGCUCAACGCAUACACACAACCAUCACAAUUGGUUGCAGACAGCAAGGUUAAGCCUGCAGACGGCACAGCCCAGCCGCAGCACCGAGGCCUGCUGCAAAUCGCACCGCGUGAUUAUUUACCUCUCGCGAGUCGUCGCGUUACCACAGUGUGCUGUACAGUGUGUGUGCGCGCGGAGCACAGUUUAGAUCCAGGACCAAGAGCCCUACCAACAUACAUUCCAACAACUGUUAGCAGCAGCAAGUCUGGCAGUACGGUACGGCAUUUGACGACAGCAAAACGAUAACGUACAGUGCGCGCGCGAUUUGAGUCGUUCGAGUCGGUUCCAGCCAGCUACACACAUACACACGCCCGCCCGUUUUAAUUUUUUGUCUAACUGCCGUGCAUCGUCAAUUCGUUGUUUACAUUUUCGUCAGCAGCGCUAGUUGAUAAGGAAUAGGCAACGCGUCGGUGCCCAGUCGAACGGGUGUAGUGAGGCCCGUGUGCUGUACAGAUUUGAGCCACGAUCGUUCCGGAUGGUUUGACUGUGAGUGAAUGAGUGAGCGAUUGUCCCCGGCUGUGGGUAGAAAUAUUUGAAGCAGAGAAGGGGGUAUCAAAUAUUUGAAACCACACAAAAAAGGAUGAUGUGUGUGCGUGCAAGCCUCGAAAAGACAAAUAUUUGACGACGGCUAAGAAACCAACGCCAGGGGCUGAUUGUGUGUUAUCGGUGAGUCCAUUGCUCCGGUUUUCUAUCACCUUAUCGCGCACCCCGAUCCGAUCGUUCUGCCCAGUGAGUGUGCGCGUGUGUGUGUGUGUGUUCAAUACGGUGACAAACGUCCAGCACCGUGAAGCCGUGAAGCAGCCAAAGAAAGUGCCCCUUUUGUGGCCAAGUUUUGAAAAAAAGGAAAGGGUUCUAGAACGGAUUUGUUCCCCCCUUUCGUGUUCGAUUUGCCAUCGCAGCCUACUGGGAUUGCUGCUGCUGCUGCUGCUACUCACCGGUACAGUAUGAGUGUCUUCACCUAUCGCCUGCUUGCAUUGACCGUGGUGUACUUUACCUGCCUCAAGGUUGGCCAAAUGCUGUAUCAAACCCUUGCCAGCGGUGAGGUUGAGAAUUAAUACAGAAAAAAAAAGUAGCAUUUUCCAAGGAAGGGAACAAACACACACAAGCAGACAAACACAUAUGCGUAGUGUGAUUGCAAAAUUAAAUGUGAGUGAAAACUGUGUGCCCUACCCGUCACCCAAUCAAAGGUGUGUAGCCGCACGUGUGUGAGAGCGAGUGCCAUAAGAAGGGCGAAGAAGGUACGGCGAAGAAGUGUGCAUUGUGUACACGUCUGUAGAAAAGGGGGAAAGAUAAUGUUCUGUGAAAAGUGUACAAAAAGCUGAGCAAAAUAUGCUAUAAUAGUGGAAGAAUUGUCCAAAAGUGAAAGCAAUAAUCAGUGCCAGUUGUACGGGAUCAGGUCCCCUUGUGUGCAAAAGCAAACACCAACGAUCGAGAAUCUCACCGCCGAGUCGUCUUCCGAGUGGCCCUAACCCCGUUCUAACACCAGCACGUUCACAACCCACCAACCAACCUUUCGCCGUCUCGGCCGUGCCAUGGAUGAACUCAUCAACGGGACGCUCCAGCGUCUACCAUUCGAUGACGGGGGACGAUGGAGCAACGUUACUUCCGUUCUGCCAACGAUCGACACGGCGACGGCCGGGGAGGAGACUGACUUCCCGGACGAAACCAGCAGAUUUUCCCGCCCAUUGCUAACGUUUGCUGCCGUCGCGACGAUCACAAUUAUGGUCACAGGAAUUGUGGGCAAUUUGCUUACGAUUGUCGCACUGCUCAGAUGUCCCAAGGUGCGAAAUGUGGCGGCCGCCUUCAUUAUCAGCCUGUGCAUAGCGGAUUGUCUGUUUUGCAUCAUCGUCCUGCCAUUCAACGCGAUGCGCUUCAUCCAGGGCACGUGGAUGCACGGCGAGACGCUCUGCACGCUGAUAACGUUUAUGCAAUACGGCAGUGUCGGCGUGUCGCUGCUUUGCAUCACGAUGAUCAGCAUAAACCGCUACAUUAUGAUCGCACACUACAGCAUCUACCCGAAGGUGUACAAGACGUCCUGGAUUAUGGUGAUGAUCGUUGCCUGCUGGCUGUUUUCCUACGGCUUCCAACUGCCAACGCUUUUCGGUGUUUGGGGAAAAUUCGGUUACAACCAUCAACUCGGUACCUGCUCGAUACUGCCGGACGACGAGGGACGCAGCAGCAAGACGGCCAUGUUCAUCAUUGCCUUUAUCAUUCCGUGUAUGAUUAUCGUGAUAUGCUACAGUCGCAUCUUUUGCGUCGUGCACAAAUCGGACAAGCGGAUGAAGAACCAUUCCAAAUCACAGUGCAACAUUCCAAACAAUCUGCGAUCGGCGGCCGAUCCGGCCUCGCCCCUGUCGGCCGGCAGUUCCAGCUCGGCCAACAACAACUCCAUCAGCUACACGGCCAGCUCGUCGGCGGUGAAGGUCGCGGGCGCCGCUCGCACCGCAGCGGACGCGCGGGACGCAAAGGCCCGGCGCAACGAGUGGCGCAUCACCAAGAUGGUGCUGGCGAUCUUUCUGUCGUUCGUCAUGUGCUACCUGCCGAUCACGAUAUCGAAAAUCGUCGACAAGAAUGUCUCGGUGCCGGUGCUGCACAUCAUCGGCUACAUUAUGCUGUACCUUUCGGCGUGCAUCAAUCCGAUCAUUUACGUGAUCAUGAACAAGCAGUACCGGCAGGCGUACAAGACCGUGAUCUUCUGCAAACCGUCACGCCUGCUUGGCUUCGGUGGUAGCAGUGUUGGAGAGAAAUGGAAAGACAUCGGGUACAGCUACAACCACAGUCGUACCAUGGUGUCCCAAGUUUCAAUAGCCGAACCAGAGUCGCCCCCAUCCAGCCGACUACGCCAAGAUUCGCCGCACCCACAACAUUUAGUCGCCAUUCAAGAUAGUUAGUAGAAGAUAAGACUUGUGAGAACUGCACAACCCUAAGACACACAGGAGGACAGUGGACUGAAAACGCAUUAUCUUUCUCCCUACACUAAUAAUAAUAAUAGUAAUAAUAGUAAUAGCAGUGUACCGGAGCACACAGUGAGCAGUGACCACCCUGCUGAUAAGCCACUUGAAUAUGACCAAAAACAUGGAAGACAUGGCCGAAUGGAAACCAGCAAACCAGAGCUUACGUUCACCAAAACGCCACUUAUGACACCAAAACGACUCCAAAAAUGCACCACGAUUCGGGGGGUUUAUUUUAAAAUCGCGUUGGGAACCUGUAAGUCCCAAACAACUACUACUAUGUAACAUUCACGAUGCCAAACCGAUAGGGUUAACUAAUACAUUUUCUGCAAGCUAAUGGCAGAGGCGCGAACGAUUUCGCUAGCGAAAAAGGUUGAAUUUCGAGGAGGAAGUUUAAGGUUUGUUGGUAGUUUGUAAGGAUGAGCGCAUGAGUAUAGUAAUAGUGUUCUUAGUUCAUACAAAGCGAAUGCAAAGCUCCAAAGAUGUGACGAGAGUUAGGAGCCAAGAGCAGCAGAGAAAAAAUGUCAAGACAAAAGGCCCGGCUCUUGUUAUCGUUUGCAAUAUAGUUGAUAAGAUUAAAUUAUUCGCCUUUAGUUUCGGAUGCGACGGACGCGGUUUCUGAACAGCGGCUACUUCCCGCAAGCAACGACACUUCUCUCUCUGUAACCUGUACAAAAAUCAAACCGAUCAAGUGAAUAAUGACAGCUCUUAACGUAAA